UUGCAUACUAAUAAUAUGGGACAAGGUCAACUAGAUCUAGUAUAUAUGGGGGCAGCAGUAGCAGCAGCAGCAGUGGUUCUAGUCAUGGCUGGCCUCUUGGGAGCUGCAGCUGCCAGUGUAGGCGACCAGUGUUCGACGAGUGCUGGCUGCGGUGCCGGGCAGUGGUGCUUCGACUGCGAGCCGAAGCUCGCCGGCUCCCACUGCGCCCGCUCCACCGCCACCAACCCCUUCCAACUCGUUAAUAACUCGUUGCCAUUCAAUAAGUACGCCUACCUCACGACGCACAAUUCAUUCGCGAUUGUUGGGGAACCGUCGCACACCGGAAUUCCACGCAUCACCUUCGACAACCAGGAGGAUACAGUCACCGAUCAGUUAAAUAAUGGUGUUCGCGCGCUAAUGCUCGAUACAUAUGACUUCAAAGGAGGUGUAUGGUUGUGCCAUUCCAGUGGAGGCAAAUGCAACGAUUUUACUGCAUUUGAACCGGCAUUGGACACGUUCAAGGAAAUUGAGGCCUUUCUUUCUGCCAAUCCAUCUGAAAUUGUUACGUUAAUCCUGGAAGACUAUGUUCAUGCGCCAAAUGGCCUGACAAACGUGUUCAAGGCCUCUGGUCUGCAAAAGUACUGGUUUCCGGUGUUGAAAAUGCCAAAGAAUGGUCAGCAGUGGCCUCUUGUCAGCGAUAUGGUCAAAAGCAACCAGCGCCUCCUUGUGUUCACCUCUGCCAGAUCGAAGCAAGUCACAGAAGGAAUCGCAUACCAGUGGAAUUUCAUGGUUGAGAACAAUUAUGGCGACGAUGGAAUGGAUGCUGGCAAAUGCUCAAACCGUGCGGAGUCCGCGCCGCUCAACGACAAGACCAAGUCACUGGUCCUCAUGAACUACUUCCCAUCUGUCCCAAUGAAGCCGACUGCGUGUUUGCAGCACUCCAGGGGCCUCACUGGGAUGUCUAACACAUGCUACGGCUCAGCUGGAAACCGAUGGGCUAAUUUCAUCGCAGUUGAUUACUACAAGAGAAGCGAGGGAGGGGGUGCGUUCCAAGCCACCGAUCUGCUCAACGGCAUGCUCCUGUGUGGAUGUCAGGACGUCAAGGCUUGCCAGCGAGGAUCUAGUGUAGUAUGCUCUGCCUGAAUCCGGGAGAGCUAGGACAUGUAGCAACUGCACAUACAUAGAACAAGCGGAGAACUGGAGAUGCAUGGUGUGAUGAUUUAGUCUCAAGAUGAGACAAGACGUACUCUUUUUUCUCUCUAGGUAGAAGAAAUAUUUACUUAGGAUUCAGAUUCUCCGAAACCGAAAGUUGAAAAAUGAGUGGUUUCUGCAACGGAAAAAUGGUGAAGAUGUUGGAUAUUGCAUUACAACUGUGAACGUGAUUCGUCAACAUGCUGUACUCUUGGAGACGUUGUAGUUGUGCCUGGUGGAAUAUUUGGCAUUAUGGUUAUUUAUUUCAUACAUUUACACAUCAAAUGCUGUUGUUAUAUGUUAAUUAUUAAUGGUCUGUCAUUAUGGUUA